UGUCAUAGGAGUCUCGCCGUCGCGAAGAUUCGCUUCAAUUUCAAUGUCGAAGAACCCAAUCGGUAUAGAAUUGCAAAACGGCUGAAACAUUAGUUGAUUUCUAGAACUGGGAUGGUCCCUUAUUGUUCUGAUAGUAUCUUGAUAACGCUGCCAAGUCAUUGACUAUAUGGUGGAUAUGUAUAUGAGAACGACUGAUCGCGUGAGAUUUAGCUGAUCGUGCUGAUCCUACAAUGUCGGCUUAUGGCCAUCAGAUGGAGCGGGAAUAUUCUGCUCAGAGUCUUCUAAGGAGAAGUGCCUCAGAAAGUGAAAGCCAUUAUACCAUGGAGACAGGAAUAUAUAUGUCAUCAUUUGCAGCUACAGUCUUCGUUGCUGGACUUGUAACGGUUGGAGUCUCACUGAUGACACUGCUGAUUGCUUUGACUGUAAUGUUGCAAAACUGUCAGAGGCAAAAUGCUGGUGUUGUGGAGAUGCAGAAACCUAGUGAUGAUUAUGAGUUUUGUAGGAUUUUAGCUCUACAUAUAGAGAUCAACCAUUUGGAUUCAGAUUCUUUUCCUUUAGUUUGCAAAGAAUUAGCAUUUCAGUUCAUUGGAGAUGGUCAGUACAUUAGAGAAUUAAAUGCUACUUUGAGGGUGGUUGAGAAUUACUUCAGUAGCAUUAGACCAGGAGAAGAUGGGCGAGAUGUGGUGCUGAUGGAUGCAGAUGAUUUGUUACCAUCAGACUAUGACUCCCUUGAUCAGUUAAUGCACCGAUUCAAUGAAUAUAAUUGCAGUAAUUGUCACAAAGAUGCAAGACAGCUUAAAUGGAUCCUUGUUCGUGAACUGUAUGUGAAACUUCAAAAUGGUGGGUGGCCAAUGAUUUUGUUAUCAAGGAAACCUGAGAGAUUACGUAAAACCACUGUUGGGUACCUUAACUCAGUUGGAUGUGGCGGUUGGUCAUCAUUGAUCAUGAGAGAGGACAAUGAAUUCGAUAUGGAUAACGAAGAGUAUCUUACCAGGAGGAGGACGGUAAUCAAAGGACAAGGUUUGCGUACAGUAGCUGCAAUCAGCAGCCAGUUGGAUUUUCUAACGGGCUCAAAAACUGGGGGACUCAGUUUCAAGAUUCCCAAUGUUUUUACUGAUAAGAUGAACAAUCAUCCUGAAAACCCAGACUCUCUGAAGUCUCAGAUAGGGUUGAAUUUGCCUAGAAAAAGAGUUUUAUACUCUUAAUAAUAUCAGGCACAUUCAACGGCACAGGUGAUUUCUCUCCUGUGUACAUAUUCACCCCUGAGAAACGUCAUCAGUCCAUCUCCUGCUGGAGUGAUUUUGGGACGGACUUCCAAGAACCAAUGCAUGUGGUUCGUUGGCUGUUAAAUUGUUGGCGGAGACUGGAAAGGAUUUGAAUGUUCGUAAACUAUGCCGUUUGUGAUCUCACCUUGACGACACUCCUUUUAAUUGAGACUGCAUAGGUAAAAGUGAAAAAAAAAAGGACCUUUUUAUUUGUUUGAGAUUGUUAUAGUAGUUAAUAAGGGGGAAAAAGAAUCAACAUGUUGUUGUUAUUCUUC